GCCACCCGCGCCGCGCCUCAGCCUGCCCCAUCUUCCUCCACCACGAUGCCACCUGGCACCUAUACCCGCCACCAGGGGCUGCGCUCGAAUGCCCUGAUGGCGACCACGACGACGGCCUAUGCCCUCGGCAAGCUCAACCCCGACACCGCGUCACCUUCGUCCAUUUCCUCCGCCGUGACGACUCAGGGAUGGCAACCCCGUGGCCAGUUCCCCUUGCCGAUUACCACAUCGCCCCCUUUCACCCGCGGCAGAGACAAUGACGCCGAUGUCAGGAUCAAGAUCUAUGCUUGCGACCGCGUCCGUCAUGACCCGCAGUGCUCACCUGGGACAAUUCAGCCGGUGGUGGCAAGGAAAAAAGGACAAGGAGCAGAGCAUUUUUUUCUUUACAGCCUGGCUUCUUCUGCGAGGAAUUUGUGUUCACUUUAUGGCUGGUCGUUGGGGUGCUGGAUGAUGCGCAGGCAUAGGUGAACGAUGUCUUCUAUGAUCCAACAAUGUAUCAUACAAUUUGCAAGAUAGUUAGUGGAGAUCCUUUUCUGAAUCACUUAUUCAUGAGCAGCCUACAUAUCCAAUAUUGUGCAGUUUUGAUUUUUGUGUGCUAACAAAUUAGAAUGAAAAUUCAUUCAUUGCAAGUGUACAUUGGUCGAAUAUUAAUUUCAACCAAGAAUUUGUAGCAUAUAUUAUUGAAAAUACAACGCCAAACAUAUUCUGAAGGUUACGUGGUUUGGUGAGGCAUGUAUCAUUAGUACUGAAUUGUCAGUGAGAGCUACCUCUGUACUGUACUAUUUUUAACCAAGAUAUCGUUUUUGUUCCAUUACCAACUAAACAUGGGUUCAUAUGUUACUAGGAAACAAAGA